AUGCCACAAGGUCCCAAAAACGUCGGCAGGCCCCGAAAAUAUGCGUCUAAAGAGGAGAAGGCAAAGCAAGAUGUUAUCGCAAGACGUAUUGCAAGGCGUGCUCGUCGACAACCUCAAUCUGCUUAUAUGAGCGCACAAGGAGAUAUUCGAUUUCGGAUCUACACCGCCCCGCAGACAGACGCUAUGCUCACGCCAUCGACACAACAAACCUCUAUUCACUCCCUCGAUCGCCUCAAUGACCUCGCAAAUAGUACUAACCCAGCAGAUCCAAUCUUAACAGCCUCUUGCGAACCAGUCGAGCCUCAUAGAAACGAAGCAAUACCCUGCAACAAUGAACUUCUACGAAACACAUCUCGUCCAGCCACUCGGUUCAAUACUGGAUACCCUCAGCUGGAGGCCAAUGAGACAUUACAGCCCGGCAUUCCACCUUCAAUAGAGGCUCUACGUUGUAAUAAUCCGGCCUCGGCCAUCUGUGACGCCAAUGACUACAAUGAAAAUAACGAAAUAUUCCUUACGUCAGAUUAUCAGUCGGUCUAUGCGCAUCAGGCACCCGCUGAACCACCAUCUACCCUAGAAGAUGGCCCCGGCACGAACGGCCAUGGAACCCCUGAAAAUCUUGAAGAGAGGGAACGGGGCGAAGAUAUCAUAAUCAAUCAGGAAGAAGAACAUGGUACAACUUAUACCAACGUUGAAAUUUUACCAAAUGAAGAUUCUGAAUCAGAGAUGGGAACAGAGAUAGACUCCUUAGAUGAACAGGAUGAAUCUGGUAGCACUCAUGAGCUAAAUGACAUGAGUGGAUCAAAUCUCUCUCUAGCAAAACAAUAUCUAGAGAGAGCCUGGAGUUGCCUUUGCAACUGCGGGCAACAGGAAUCUAUAGGACCCGAUAGGGACACUCUACUUGGCCUCAGUCAAAUGGCCAGCUACUGGAGAAACCUCGGUCUGCCAGAUGCAAUUGGUCCAGCAUCAAACACAACCGAAGCGGGCGAGGAUGAGAUAAGACCUCUGGAUUGGCGUUCAAUAUUAAGUGGAGGAGAGACACAGCCGCACUUAUGCUUUGAGAAGAGUCAUUACAAUAUUCCAAGCAUCCAGCGCAGCUGGGAUGUGGACAGUGUUAUAAGUUUCGCUUUAUGUCUAUCAAUUAACAGAGGCCUUUACGUCUCGUAUCUUGCGCCCAUGUCGAGAAAUAUGCAAAGGAGCGUUCAUGUCUUUCAUCAAGGAAAACCUCUUCACGCCAUUCCCCAUCUGAGACUUGGUAGUGGACACCAAAACCCCCGGUUUAGUGUUUAUGUCUUCUUCCCCGGAAUUUCACAUGUGCGUCGCACAACAUCGUACCUCACCAACGACGAGCGGCGUAUGUGGAUUGAUAGACUGCUCCUGCCAGCUAUCCGGCACAUUUGCCCUCACGAUGUAAUACAACAUCAUCCCCGAUCGUUUGAUGAUAUCUAG